AUGCUCUCCUCCACCACUACUCUGGCGUUGCUGGCCAGCGUUCUCCCCCAGGCCGCCCUGGCCCACUACAACUUUGAGCGCCUCAUCGUCAACGGCGAGGCCACCGAGCCCUACGAGUACGUCCGCUCGACCACCAACGCCAACUCGCCCAUUGAGGACGUCACCUCGCCCAGCAUGAUCUGCAACCAGGGCGGCAACGACGCCGCCAUCCGCGCCCGCACAAAGACGUACGAGGUCGCCGCCGGCAGCGAGGUCGGCUUCGACAUCAACUCGGAGCUCGGCCACCCGGGGCCCCUCUACGUCUACAUGAGCCGCGCCCCGGACGGCGUCGCCCUCUCUGACUACCAGGGCGACGGCGACUGGUUCAAGGUCUACGCCCUCACCACCAGCCACAUUGAGACCAACACGGGCCUGCACUGGGCCACCUUUCCCGGCGGCCAGGGCGGCGCCCAGAACUUCACUUUCACCCUCCCCGAGGACCUGCCCACGGGCAACUACCUCAUGCGCGGCGAGCACAUUGGCCUGCACGGCGCCGGCAACGUCGGCGGCGCCCAGUUCUACAUGGGCUGCGCACAGCUCGCCGUCACGGGCGGCGGCAGCGGCACGCCGGGUCCCACGGUCAACUUUCCCGGUGCCUACGCCGAGGACGACCCCGGUGUCUUGAUUGGCAUCUACUGGCCGCCACCACAGGAGUAUAUCUCGCCCGGCCCUCCCGUGUGGCCUGGUGAGUGCGAGGACCACACGCUCAACAGCUGGGGCCAGGACAGCGAUGGCGACUGCAACCCAAUGGCGCAGUAA